AUGAAGAAUAGGCAGGUUAUCGGCAUUAUGAGCGACAUUAACGUAUAUAUCACCUCAGACUUGACUUCGUCGGAGAGGAGGAUAUCUCCUCAAUGGGAUUUACAAUAUUUAAAGAAAAAAUUGGAGUUAAUUACAGGCAUUUCUCCUAAAGAUCAAACCAUUCAACAUUAUGCAAUACCUUCAUCGAACGAGUUUAUCGUGAUUCUGGACGCUAACAAGUAUUAUACUGCGGAAGACAAUGACAAGCAUGUUUCAGAUUUUAACAUUUUGCCAUUUAGUCGCCUUCAUGUUCAUGACAACAACCCUGAUUCUCAAUUAAGUCAAUUGCAAGGUGACGACACAACAGAAGAAUUUAAGCUUUCAGAGGAAGAAUAUGCCAAGAGAACUGAUUCUGUGUUGCAUUGGAAAGAGACCAAUAAAUUGGGCAGAUUUGACCCUGAGUACGAAUUGCAAAAAUCGAGACAACUCGAGGAAAAUCUAAAGAUAUCGUCCAGCUUGCACGUUGGGGACAGAUGCCGUAUCAUAAAUAUCCUGGGAGAAAGAAGGGGGGCCAUAAAAUACGUGGGCAAGAUAAUGCUUUUGGAUGAAGGGGAAAAUAUAUGGGUUGGUGUCGAAUUUGAUGAACCGGUGGGCAAAAAUAACGGUCUGAUUCUGGGAACCAAAAUCUUCGAAUGCAGAGAAAACCACGGGAGCUUUGUCAAGCCUAAGCAAGUUGAAGUUGGAGAUUUCCCAGAAUUAGAUCCAUUUGCAAGCGAUGAUGACGACGAAAUUUAG